UCCACGUGUUUUGUCGGAGGAAGCGGUUGGUAAACAUUCCAUGUUGACGGCGUGAUUGAACCAAUUAUGUCUGGUGCCUGCGAGUUCAGCUUAGAGCUUGUAAAGCAGUUUCUCUUGGACAAAGGAGGGAAAGUUACAAACCACGAAUUGGUGAAACACUUCAAAGGGUAUCUCAAUGACCCCAUAUACAAAGUCGAUAUCCGCCACAGGUUCAAGGAUUACGUCAACACGUUGGCAUCAGUGAAGGAUGAAGGGGGCACAAAGUACCUCAUCUUGAAAAAGGAAUACCACAGCGAACUACAUAGCUACCUGCCAUGUCCGCAAAGCCCUUUGGACACAGUUGGCGAAUCAUACUGUGACAGCACCCCGUCAAAUCUACAUUCUGAAAUGGCUAUUGGAUGCAAUGUUCCUCCUGAUUCACAGGUUGUGCAUGUGCCACCAUGGGUGCCUUCAUCGCAGGACCAAAUAAUGUUCUCAGACGAAUGUUCUUUACCCAUCUCCCUUAUGCGAUACCAAUCAAGUCCAUCAUUGGUGGAUGCACAGGAAACAUGCAGAGAUUCACCCCCUCCUCUACCAAAGAAGAAACACUCUUUUGACGAAAGCCCAAGACGCCUAGAUGGACCACAUCCGCCACCUAGAGGUAGAAAGAACCACGGACGUCGCGGAUCACAAGUUGAAGAAAGAGUGCGCCUGUUCAGCACAGAAAAAGAUCUUGCGGGUGGUGGUGACGGAAACUUCAAAGAGAAGAAUCUUCAGGAUGUGACCGUGAGCCCUGGAACUGUUAAAGAGAAAACGCAGAUCAUCAAUCGCAUGUCAGAAAGCAACCUGCUGGCUGUCAAGCAGCCAGUCACACACGCCAGCGUUGGACCGAAACGUCGUGACAAUGUAGCCAGAACGGCUGCCGAUGAUGACACCACGUCCGUGAGCACGCUUGACCCAAGGCGUAGAGAGUGGCUUCUUAGAGCAGCGCAGGCGGAUUACCACGCUCUUGCGCGCCUUCUGUUGGAGGACGCGCAACUGUACAUGUUUGAGGACUUCACAUCGAUGCACUGUCACUAA